AUGUGCUUCGGCAAAGCUAAGGCGGUGGAUAACUACUCAUUCGGAACAUGUCAGCAGAGAAAGCUCUUUCCUCACCAUCAUCCCCCAAACCGGUUGGGGAACAAGUUUCUCCCACUUAGGGGCUCGCCCCACAGAGGGCCUGGAUGCUACACAACGGAUUGGUGUGGCUUGGCCUACAACCUAUCCAAGAUCCCGACCAGCACAAAAGGGUAUGCUUUUGGAGCCAGAACGGCCUUGAGGUUCCAGCCGAUGGAGAAGGAUAUGAAGCAUUAUCCAGGCAUGUACCAGAAAGUAGAUAUUCAGGAUGGAAAAUACAAACAAACUUUUGCUCCAUUUAAUGUCUUGAUGCCUCGAUUUAGGACCUUUUCAAAGGAUCCUUCUUACCCUGGCCCUGGCUCAUACAACCCAGAGAAGAAGCCACCCCUCAAAGUUGCUUGGCCUAUGCAAUUUGGAUCUCCAGACUGGGCUCAGGUGCCAUGUCUACAGAAAAGAACCCUAAAGACUGAGCUGUCCACAGACAAAGAAUUCAGAAAGCAUCGGAACCGUGUGGCCUACCUAAGCCUUUAUUACAACUGA